UGACCUUCUUGUUUGCGGGCUCUAAUGUAAACUUAUACCUUCAGCACGUGCGACGUCUCACUUGAAGUUUUGUUUUGUCAAAAAAAAUGGAAAAACAAAACAAGAAAUUCAAGAAGAAACGAAAAAAGUCUUCUGCUGGUGAUCAUCCAGGAAGCAAAGUGAAGAAGGCUAAGAAGAUUGGGGAUAUUGCUGAUGAAACUAGCGAAGGUGAGAAAAUUGUUGAUGGAAAUAAAGAAGUGGAUGACUCAGAUAAUUUUGAUAGUGCUAAAGAGAAUGAUAAUUUGGAGACUACUGGUUUUGAUCCAUCAACUUUAUCCAAUGAAAAUACUUCAUUUGAAUCCUUGAAAGAAAAAGUCUCAGAAAAAACACUGGAAGCUAUUAGAGAAAUGGGCUUCACACAUAUGACUGAAAUACAACACAAGAGUAUUCCACCUUUAUUAAAUGGAAGAGAUCUUCUUGGUGCUGCUAAAACAGGAAGUGGAAAGACAUUAGCUUUUCUUGUACCUGCCAUUGAACUUCUUUAUAAGCUGGAGUUCAAGCCUAGAAAUGGAACUGGUGUAAUUAUAAUAUCUCCCACUCGAGAACUUUCUCUACAAACAUUUGGAGUUGUGACAGACUUGCUUAAAUACCAUAAUCAGACAUAUGGUAUCAUAAUGGGUGGGGCUAACAGAAAGAAUGAAGCAGAAAAAUUGCAGAAAGGUGUAAACUUGUUGGUUGCUACACAACUUCUGGAUCAUUUGCAGAAUACACCUGGCUUUAAUUUCAAGAAUUUACAAUGUUUAAUUAUUGAUGAAGCAGACCGUAUUCUCCAGAUUGGUUUUGAAGAAGAAAUGAAACAAAUUAUACAUAUUUUGCCAAGUCGAAGGAUGACUGUACUUUUCUCAGCAACACAAACAAAAAAUGUUGAAGACUUGGCAAGGAUAUCUUUGAAAAAAGCACCUUUGUAUGUUGGUGUUGAUGAUAACAAAGAAACAGCAACUGUUGAAGGCUUGGAGCAGGGGUAUUUGGUGGUUCCAUCUGACAAGCGUUUCCUGGUGUUGUUUACAUUGAAGAAAAAUCGUGACAAGAAAAUCAUGGUUUUCUCAUCCUGUCAUUCUGUCAAAUAUCAUUCAGAGCUUCUUAACUAUAUUGAUCUAAAUGUCAUGGAUAUCCAUGGCAAGCAAAAACAACAAAGACGCACCACAACAUUCUUUCAAUUCUGUCAAGCCAAGUCUGGUACACUUUUGUGUACAGAUGUGGCUGCUAGAGGUCUUGAUAUCCCUGAAGUUGAUUGGAUUGUGCAGUUUGAUCCUCCAGAUGAUCCUAAGGAAUAUAUCCAUAGAGUUGGUCGAACGGCUCGAGGCGCCCAUGGAAAGGGUCACGCUUUGUUGUUUUUGCUGCCUGAAGAACUUGCUUUUCUACGCUAUCUCAAACACGCUAAGGUGCCCCUUAAUGAAUACGAUGUUUCUUCGUCAAAAAUCGCUAACGUUCAAUCACAGCUUGAAAAGUUGAUCACGAAAAACUAUUAUCUUCACAAGUCAGCUAAAGAGGGUUACAGAUCCUAUCUUCAAGCGUAUUCUUCCCAUCAGCAUAGGGAUAUAUUUAACGUGAAUACGUUGGAUUUGCAAAAGGUUGCUAAGGCGUUUGGAUUUCAAGUUCCGCCUGCUGUUAAUCUGUCUGUACAUAGCAGUAAAGGCGAUAGACCUAGAAAACGAGGUGGUGGUGGAGGGUUUGGUGCAAACUACAGAAAUGCAAAAAAUUUAAAGAAAACUAAGAUCUUCAAACAAAAGAAAGAUCGCUCAGAUAGAAGACAGUUUAGUAGAUAAUGUACAUAUAAUGAUAUAUAGGGACUGUCGUGGUUGUCGAAGGACAGAGAAUAAAUAAAAUGUUCUUCAUUUUGAAUGGAAA